CAGUCUCUGAUCAUCUCCUGUACUGUGUCCGCAGUCUCUAGUCAUCUCCUGUGCUACAUCUGCAAUCUCUGGUCAUCUCCUGUACUGUGUCCGCAGUCUAUGGUCAUCUCCUGUAUUAUGUCCGCAGUCUCUGGUCAUCUCCUGUACAAUGUCCGCAGUCUAUGGUCAUCUCCUGUACUAUGUCCGCAGUCUCUGGUCAUCUCCUGUACUGUGUCCACAUCUCUGAUCAUCUCCUGUAGUAUGUCUGCAGUCUCUGAUCCUCUCCUGUAGUAUUUCUGCAGUCUCUGACCAUCUCCUGUACUAUGUCUGCAGUCUCUG